AUGAAAUCUGGAGGCGGCGCAAGGAAGAAGGGCGACGGGGACGGCAUGGUGUCGGCGGGGACCCAGAUGCUCGAGACGGAAGGACCGGCGGCGGGGGAAAUACAGAAAGGGAAUAUGCACGUGGAGGCCGGAGAAGAAGCGGCGGAAGCUGUUGGAGGGGACGGGCAUGGGGCUUUACCCGGUGAAGAAGAGGAGCAGGAUGACGAGGGGGGUGAGGACACGGAUGGGGAGGAGGAAGAAGAGGAUGGAGAAGAGGAGCGCCCCAAGCUAGAGGACGGUUUCUACGAGAUCGAGGACAUCCGGAAGAAAAGGAUGCGCAAGGGCCAGCUUCAAUACCUCAUCAAGUGGUGGGUCUUCCUUCUUCCUCCUUCCAUUCUCCCAACAGAUUUUGUACAGCCUCCUCAGUUUUCCAAUCGUUCUGAACCUGCCGAUCGUUUCUUCUUUUUUCUCUUGCUGUUGGUGCUCCCGCCCAUUCUUUGUCCUCUACCCGCUUAUGCCUCUACCGUUUGCUGGUCGUCAGGCGGGGCUGGCCGGAGACCGCCAACACUUGGGAACCCUUCGAUAAUGUAAAGUCCUGUGCCGAUAUCAUCGAGGCAUUUGAGGAGAGGUAGCUCUCUCUCUUCAUCCUCCUUUACGUACGUCCAUAAUCUGCCAUAGGUCUCUCUUCCUGUUCUUCUGCGUGCCCACGAAUAGAUUGUUAACGCUUCCCCUGCAAUAUGCCGAACUGGCCAACGUUUAACAUAGGCACAAGGUCCCGAGGGCCACUAGGAAGCGGAAGCGGAAGGGCUCGGGAUCUUUAUCUAUCGGCAGAAAGAAGCGGGACAGUGGCAAAAAGCAAGGGGAUGAUACCGUGGCUUCCUCACGAGAAAAGGUUAAAUCCAAGGCCCCUGACUUGCAUAACAUCAAUGGUUAUGUUAGUGGUGUUGGCCCUUCAGAGACUGGCGGUGCUAAAGGAUCAUUAGUAGGUGGAGGAGAGGAUCGUGGCGGCGAGGGUAAUACAAUGCAUGUGGAUAGCAAACCGAAUGGGGAUGACCGUGAGCAAAAAGAGAAGACGGAUCAUAACAAGGAACCUGGUUCCAUCAAACUGGGUGGACUGGAUUCUACAGAGGAAGGCGCUGGGCCCGUCUCCAUCAACUUGCGCCUUGAAGAGGAUAGGCUUUCCAAAAUUGAAUCCUUGGCCCAACAUCAGAGUGGGGCCCGAUUUACUGGAGCGAAAAAGAGGAAAUCUGGUUGCAUUAGGCGGUUCAAGCAAGAUGCUUCUGACUAUGCUAGUAGUUCCCAGAGUUUAGUAACCAGAAGCAUGAAUAAAUGUCCUACAAUGGGUGAAAAGAUGGGAAAUGAAGAUGCUGUUCCCACAGGAGUUGAAGCUGGUGAUAAGUACCGAUCGGAUGGUUCCACAAGGAAAGAUGCUUUGAUGAAGAUCCUUAAAACUGUCGCAUGCUCCGCUUCCAUAUCCAAUGAUGUCCAGGACGUGUCUGUUACAUUUGUUGCCCUAAGGUUUAGAUUCUCUUCCUCUCAACUUUUAAUAUUUUUUCCUGUAGUUCGGUCAGAUUUCAUUAUCUAUUCGUCUCAUUUAUUUUUCUAUUUAGGAUUCCUCGUUCCCACUUAAAGACUACUUUUAACAAGUGGAGAUAGUGAUUGAAUCGGUGAUAAUGCUAUCAAGACUACGUAAAGACUACUUCACAGUGCCUAGCUGUUACUUUAUAAUUCAUUCUUUGCUCAGAUGCUGAUUGAAUCGAGGUGCACAGCGUCUUGUUAAUGUUAGUGAUAAAAAUAAAGCCAUGGCCUACCGGUUUACUGCUUAAGCAUCACUUCAUAGCCCGGGUGAGAUGUUGUUUUUAUCAAAUAUUUAAUUAAAAUGCGGAUAACAUCAAAAUUUUCCAUUAAAAUGGAAUUUGACUCAAUGACAUUCUUGAAUAAUUUAUGCUUUAUUAUAAAUGUAAAAAAACAAACGAAUACCUUAUUACUCCACCUUUUGUGGAAAAAUAAUCAAACAAACCAUUCUAUGUUCAUAAUAAUUCUUUUGGAUCAACUUCUUAAAUUCAUUCUUGUACUGCUUAUUUUGCUGUAUGCUAAACUGCAUGCUAUCAAUCAUAGUUUUUUGUGCCGUUGAUUUCAUUAUGCACAUAGACUUGAGUUCAUUUUUUAUAUUUUUCUUAUAUUACUUGUUUCCCUCGUUAAAUUUGUUUUGACCGAUUACUGCCCUUGGGAAUAGGUAAUUUUUCCAUCUCAUGUAUUUAGUUUUGUUGAGAGUUUCCAAAUGCCUGCUCCAGGUGAGGUACAAAGUUACUACUACACCCGCUUUGACCUGUUGAAUGCCUUCUGUGCAUGCUAGCCCAGGGAUGCCGAUUCCUCGCGGUCUUAUGGUGCCAUGUCGCCUUGUUAGUGUCUAAAGGACGCAUGGACAAUGCCUUAGAAUUAUGAUUUACCCCCCAUCCUAUGUUGCAGAAUGUAAUUGCUUAACCGUUGUGCAUCUCUCUAUUCGGUCGCAGUAAGGAAUUCCUUUAUUUCUCAUUGAGGACACUUCACAGUAACACUGAAAGAUAGUCGGAGCACUGUCAAACGCACUAAGCAGUCUUGGAAUCUUGGAAUUAGAUUAUAAUUUCUCGAGUGGAUGGGGAAUUCUAGGUUCAAAGUCAUGGCCUUUUAGAGCAGAUCCAUUGGUCGCUCUUCUGCUUCCAAGAAAAAUAGGAGGAUAGGACCAUUUUCUAGCUUUCUACUGUUUCUUGUAGUGCUUCCUUUCCGCAUCUUUACAAAAAAAUUCUUGUUCAUUGGUUUGACACAUCUAAAGCACGUGGUAUGAUGUGAAGAUACAUUUUCCCCCAUGAGUCUUCUGCCUUGGAGGUCACCCGAUGACGAGUUUUAUUUAUGCGGUGCUGUCAUGCAUUCCCGAGCAGGUGAGUGUAUUUAAGACAAGUUUUCAAAAUGUACAGCAUAUGAGCACUUUCUCCAAGUAUAAAACGCUUGAAAAAUCAAUAUUACCAUGUUCGUAAUGCACUUACGCGUCCAAAAGUAAUUAAGUAUGAUGCAGAAAUGAUCUCUUUUGAAUACUGUUGUAUAGUAACCAAGCAGUUUGGCGAGAAACUGAAAACAUGGAAUGUAAAUUUUAAUUAAAGGCAUAGUUUCGAUGGCAUCUCCCGGUGCCAUUGAAAUAAUGUAAAUAUGAUUGUCGAAUUAUGUGUUUAUAUGACGUGCUGGUGGGAUUGAGCUUUGUUGCACUUAUACAGAGGGGCAUCAAAUUAAUAGAUGCAGGUUAUGGGCGAGCCUUCUCAGUCAUCAUCUAAUGGUUGUAUCCUAGAAUCUUUCAUGCCCUCAGCUGAAAAAUAUGUUUUUCCUUCAGGAAUCCUUUUGAUUGUUGGAGUGUGGAACUCGGCCCUUUUCUCCCUCUGCACAUUAAGGGGACACAUCACAUGUGUGCAUUACAAUCCCCUCAAAAUCGCAAACUUAGCUCACCCAUCAACAUAGGUAAAGAACUGUACAUGUAAAAAUCCGUUUGCUCGCAUGUAGCUUCCCUCCUCUCUACCGUCUCCUAUGGAUUGUAGGAUUGUUUUCCUAACCAUGGAUCCAUAUUGGGCGUCUAGUUGAUCUUUGGUUGCAGUAGCAAUCGUAUUCUUGGAAAUCCUGUUCUCUUUUUUACUCACCUUCCUUUAUCAAUUUCUCUUUCGAAGUCUUCAGCUUUGGAUGCUUUAUAGGCCUUAGAAGUUUAUGCUUCUAGUCUCGUAUUUGCAGGAAAAAACCAACCUUCUCACCAGGUGGUUCAACACUGUUUCACCUGGCAGUCUUUUGGGUUGCAUGCUCUUAAGAUUUUCGUGUAGAAUUCGCGAUGUGGUGCAUCCAAUAGGGUUAUAGCGCGUCUGUAAUGUGAUUCUCUACUGUGGGAAUUUCUCAUCUUCAAAUUGCAAUCGUUUCCCCCUGUUUUCUUUCUUGUCUCCGUGGUUUUCAAAUUCAUGGUUCUGAUGUCUUUAAGAUUCAGUGCAUUUCCGUCAAGUGUUAUAGUCCAGAACUGUUGCUAAAAUCCGGAUUAAAGAUGUGAUUGGCGAUAAAGUUCUCCUUGUUACGAGAUAUAGUUGAUUGGUGAAAAUGAAGCAGCAAGUAACAAGAACCAAGAUGGUGCCCCCGUUGGGUCCACCUGUGGGAUGCCAAUCAAAUAGGCCUGGUAAUUCUGCUAUUCAUGUGUUUUUGUCUGAUUGGAUAUCAGUACCCAAAAAUCUGAAGAAAACAUGUUGGGAAUUGGGAAUUGUGGUGUUGUGGUGUCAAGAUGUAACAUCUUGCUGGCAGAUUUAAAAUUGCUCCUCUAGAGUUUGUUUUGGGGCCUUGAAAUUGGGUUUGCUUGCCCUGAGUUGCGCAACUUUUUUUACCGUCCGAUAGAAAAACUAGACCUCUGUGAGUGUGCGGCCGGACUGUUGUUCUUCGUUUUCAUAAUCCAGAAGAGGAGAUGAGUUUUAAAAGGGCGAAUUGUCAUAAAGAGGUGGUGGCAGUAACGGGGAGCAGUUAGAAAGACCUCUCUGUAGAUUGCCUGUUUGGUUCUUUUGUCUCCACCACCCACUGUCUCCUGAGAUUAAAGCCACAGGGGGCUUUCUGCGGGACCCGUCAUCUUGAGCACAUCCUAAAUCCCCUCGGGGACGCGCGCACUGCGUCGGAGGUUUGUUCGCUACAAUUCUUCCCCUGAGGUUUCGAUGUUCCUGUACGCGAUCCGUUUGAGGGCAUCUGCGGCGGCUGGUAUUUGAGGCCUCGUGGUCGCAAGUUUACCUCACCACCCUGCUGUGUUACUUGCGAUCGCCGUUCGAGAGCAUCUGUGGCAGUGGUUAUUUGAGGGUUGUGCUAACAAUGGCGCUCUUGAUUUAGACUCUGCAGAUGUUUCGCGACGUGGCGAUGCCUCUGAGUGGGAGGAUGCUAAAGCCAAUACUCCGUUCUCUUUCUGCAUUCUGCCUGCCCUUAGAUAGUUGUUGACGGCGGCGCUUUUGCAGGUCGGACGGGAGGGAAGUCCAAGUCGACAACGAGUUCCUGAAGGCUCAUUACCCUGCGAUGGUACGUAGCGACGGCCGACCCUAUCUAUUAUCGCGUCCGUGUGCCCAUCUCCUGGAUUAUUAGGGCCGUCAAAUCUAGGGAAUGUGACGUGUGCUGGUUUGCCUGAUAGCUGAUUGACUUCUACGAACAGCACCUCCGCUUCGGCUCCUCGUAA